UCCUAAAACCAUCCUCUCAGCCCCAUGUCCACCCAAAACCCACGCUCAUCUCUUCCCCCCCAACAAACAAAUUUCAGUAUUCCCCACGCACUCAACGCCGGUUCCAUUUUCAAUUUCGAGUUUCCGUAGCCUCCACAGAGUUUGAUCCAGCGACGUCAGCGCCUCCCCAUCUCUCGAUUGAAGUGACCAGGAGACCCGGGUGCCAUCUCCAUCGACGCAACAGCCCCAGCUUCCCUCGAAUGCUACCCCUUCUCUGCGCUCCAGAUCAGCUGCUUCUCCAACUCAGCUUGGUACCUGUUCAAGCCACACAUUUGGCUCUGGCUCCCGAGUUUGCUGCAGGAUUAGCAUUUCACCAGUGUUGGCUUACUGUCUCUGUUUGAAUGGGCUAGUUAUGCUUUUGUGAUUAUGCGCUAGAUAUGUUUAUCUUUGUGGAUGCUGAACUAUUAUGUUUCUGUUUACCCGAUAGUCAGUAACAGAAAUGGUGUAGCUCUUUUGCAAUUUUUUGUCAAGGUAAAACAUUUUCAAUGGUCAUGACUCUAGUGCAUAAAAUUAUUCCAUAUUUGCUCUCGAGGUCAGUUAAGAAUUCUGGCAAUUCAUGCCUAUAUAGCCCUCGGUUAUUGGUAAAUCGGUUCCUUACUAGUGAUGCAAAUACAGUUGUAAAUGCCAUAUGUGAUUCAUUAAGGAGAGGCAACAGCUGGGACAUUCUGAGUAGAAAUUUUGAUUAUGUUGAGCUUAAUUAUUUGCUUGUUGAAAAUGUAUUGCUGGAAUUGAAGGAACCAACUGAUGCAAAAAGGGCACUGGGUUUCUUCCAUUGGUCAGCUCAGAGAAAGAACUUCGUUCAUGAGGUUCAGACUUAUUGUCUGAUGGUCAAUAUAUUAGUUCGAGCACAACUGCUUAUGGAUGCUCAAGCAUUGCUUGAAUCUGUUUUGAAGAGAAGAGUAGGAGAUUCUUCAAAAUUUUUAAUUGUGGAGUCCUUGCUUAAUAGUUAUAAGAUUACUGUCUCAAGUCCACUGGUAUUUAACUUGUUGGUUCAGGCUUAUGCUAAACGAAGACUGUUUGAGAUUGGCUUUGAAGUUUGCUGCUACUUGGCAGAGCAAGGUUUCUCUGUGAGCCUGACAAGUUUUAACAUUUUGAUUCAUGUGGUUCAAAAAUCUGAUAAAAGCCCUCUGGUAUGGAAGAUUUAUGAGCAUAUGGUUCAAAGAAGAAUUUAUCCAAAUGAAGCAACAAUCAGAAUCAUGACCAAUGCUUUAUGCAAGGAAGGGAAGUUACAAAUAUAUGUGGAAAUAUUGGAUAAGAUCCACAGAAAGAGAUGCUCCCCUUUAGUGAUUGUUAAUGUUUGUCUUGUCCUUAGGAUCCUUGAGGAAGGAAAAAUUGAAGUUGCUAUGGCUUUAUUGAAGUUGAUGCUGCAAAAGAACAUGAUUCUUGAUGCCAUUGCUUUCUCUUUGAUUGUUUAUGCUAGAGUGAGGCUUGGGAAUUUGGACUCAGCAAUGGAGGUGUAUGAGGAAAUGCUUAAACGGGGUUUCAGUGCAAAUUCAUUUGUGUAUACUUCAUUCAUAGGUGCUUAUUGUAAUGGAGGAAAAUUUGAAGAAGCAAAUCAGUUGUUUGAGGAAAUGGAAAACAUGGGUUUGAAGCCAUAUGAUGAGACCUACAACUUUGUGAUCGAGGGUUUUGCUAAGUUGGGAAGAGCAGAAGAAAGUUUUAGUUACUGUGAGAAGAUGAUUGAGAGAGGACUCGUUCCUAGCCUCAUGGCUUUUAAUAAGAUGGUAGCAAAGCUAUGUGAAACUGGUGAAGUGAAGAAAGUGAAUGCAAUGCUAACUCGUUUAUUAGAUAAUGGUUUCUUACCGAACGAGAUCACAUACUCUCAUCUUAUUGCUGGUUAUGCAAGAGACAACCAGAUUCAGGAAGUUCUCAAACUCUACUAUGAAAUGGAGUAUCGAGCACUAAAUCCUGGGUUGCUUGCUUUCACUUCCUUGAUUAGAAUUCUGUGUCAUUGUGGAAAGCCAGAGCAAGCGGAAAAGUACUUGAGAAUUAUGAAAGGCCGUUGCCUAGAUCCAAGUGAGGAGAUCUACGAUGCACUGAUUACUGGUCACUUUGAGAAGGGUGAUAAGGCCAGGGCUCAUCACCUUUACAAUGAGAUGAUUUCUAAAGGAUUGAACCCUUGUCGCUCAUACAAUUUUGGUGCUGGCAUUGAGUUUUGUUAAUUAGCCAGGAUCUUGUAGCGAUUGCAUAUAUUGGUGAACAACUACAAGAAAUAGAAACAAUUUUAAUUAGUAUUGAUUUGUUAAUCAGACUAGAGAAGGCCGGAAUGCUAGAAGGAAUACUCUGUCGACCCAGCUGAUUGUACAUGUGCAUGUAUAGUUGCAAGUGAAGUCAUCAUCCACACCAGUAUAUCUGUAAGUUUGUUCAUUUUCCUUGUGUUCCAUUACGGGUAAAUGCAAGUAGUACCAGAGCUCUAAGCUGAAUACUGUAUAUUACAAAUGUAAACACAGUUGCUUGAUUGGUGGUGUGUAUCGAGAAAGUGAGGAAAUUCUGAAUUAUUUAUCAUGAAGCACCAGUAGGGACUAAAUUGAACAAAGCUUCACGACGAGUGAAGCAUCAGCUGAUUCUCUUUGAACAAAUUGAGUUCCUUAGCCUGACUUUGUUUACUCACUUUCCUCACAUCCCUAACAUUCCUCUUAACAUUAAAAAUAAUAUGAUUUUGUUUUUACUUGCGCAAA